UAGCCGCGCGGAGCGCUCGUGCUCGGUAGCCCAGAGCACGAGAGAUCGAGCCGCGCCGAGCUACAUAACACGGAGCGCAUGGACGGGCAGGGGAAGGAGGGCGGCGGGGGAGCGGGGAGCGAGUGCGACGUGGUGGGCAGGGCCUUCGUGGAGUACUACUACCAGACGUUCGACGCCAACCGCGGCGCGCUCGCCACGCUCUACGGCGGCACCUCCGUCCUGUCCUUCGAGGGCCACCGCGUGGCCGGCGCCGAGGAGAUCGGCCUGAAGCUGGCCCAGCUGCCCUUCGAGCAAUGCCGACACUCCAUCUGCACCAUCGACUGCCAGCCCACGCCGUCCUUCCCCGGCGGCAUCCUCGUGUUCGUCAGCGGCAACCUCCAGCUCGCCGGCGAGGAGCACCAGCUCAGGUUCAGCCAGAUGUUUCAACUGGUGCCCAACGAGCAGGGAAGCUUCUUCGUGCAGAAUGACAUAUUCCGGCUCAACUACGGAUAGCAGACUAGCAGAGCAGGGUCGCGUGGGGUUGCCGAAAGAAUGUGGAUGCUUGGAUGCUUUGGCCCCGUGGAUGGACGCCCUUGCUUUUUCGCUCUCAUUCUUUUCUUUACAUUAUGUUCAUGUAGCGGCAUCCUGAAUAAUAAAGUUGGUGGUGGCCGUGGUGCACGCGGAACUGAAUUUUGCAAUUUUC